UUAGUUUGUGUUUUACUGUGUUCUUCGAUCUUCGUUUUUUUUUAGUUUUUUUUAGUUUCCCUAUGAUUUUCUUUUGUUUAUUUAUUUAAUAAUUGAUUAUGAUUACUUAACACUAUCAUAUUUUAAUGUUAGAUUAAGUAGAACAAAUAAUAAUUGUAAAUGUAUGGUGUGACUCACGUACUGCCCUGUUGGUAGUGUUUUGUUUAUUUUUAUUUUGUGUUUGGGCCAUAACAAUGUGUUGGUUUCAUGUAAAAUAAUACAAUUAUUUCGUCUAGGAGUUAUGGAUUCACCACCAGUCCCAAAACCACGUUCUACAGCAUAUCCCCAAACUGACCCAUUGAAGCGACCGAUACCGUUGCCGCGAACAAAGGUGCCAAAUAAUGAAAGAGUUACAGCUUCUGAACUAUUAAAGUCUAUUGGUUCCGUUUCAAAACAGAUUACCGAAGAUGUUGCACAUAAAGUCACCAGUUCUGCUAAAACAGCGAAUGAAAAGAUCGAAAAAUCUAUAAUGGAUGGAUCGAAGUUCGCCAAGGAUACUUUAGAGAAAACGAUAAAUACAUCGAAAGCUGUUAGAGCAUCAGUUACCAAAUCAGUUAUUGAAGGCACCAAGACAGCUGGCUUAAAAAUUAGACGUUCGAAAAAAUUUGACAAUGCUCAAGACGAAGAUCCGCAAAGAUGUGUCUCUAUGCCGGCGGUUGACGUAAGUUUGUUUGAUAAUAUUCAAUUUCAUUCUCCCCUUUUGGAACAGAAGAGACUACAAGCUGAUGAAGGGCCAUCUACAAAGGACAAUCCAACAUCCCAGCAUAAUCCUUUAGAUAACCAAUCAUUACUCUCAAACAAUUCAGAUUCUAUAGAUGAUAGUGUAAGUAACAUCUCUCAGGAUGGUACAGAGUUUGAUCAAAAUGAGUCAAUUUCCAACUUUGAUUUGGAAACAUAUGAUACACCAAAACCAUCACGAGCAAACAGUUUUAUAAGUGUACGGUCAGCUCCAGAAGUACCAGGUAGAAGAAAAAAACGUGCUAGUCAGGCUGAAUUUAUGAGACAAAACUCACUUUAUGAAAACUGGACUCUGCCUCAUCCACCCUCUAAACCUGUACCUGCAAGUCCAGAACCAAUUGAACGACCCAGCAAAAGUACAAUAUAUGAAUUUGAUCCCUUAAAUUUUUCUGCAACUCCAACCACAAUGAAGUAUGACGGAGUUAGUAAUGAGUUGUUAUUGCUUGAAUCAUUUCUUAUAGGAGAUACUUAUGGAACAAUUGUAUCUAAUGAUAUUGCCAACGAUGAAACAUUUGAUUUUGUGGAAAGUGAUUAUUUUAACCCACCAACACCCCCUGAACGUUUUGAUAGCCUGGUUACUGGUGAAACUUCAGUUAAGCAACCUGCCCCAAACAAUGACAAAGAUAAUAAUUCAAACUGGUAUGUUGGAGUUGACAGCACUUCUGUUGUUGAAACUGUAGAUGAAGUCAAAACAAACAAUUCCGUUAUGCAACGGUUUUCACAUAUGUUGAAACUGGACAAUGUUCUUAAUAAAUCAUCGAAACAAACUGUUACUAAGGUUGAAACAGUAGAGAGACCCCCAAUCAAUAAAUUACCAGUGUCUUAUUUCAGUGGAACAUUAAAUAAAGAAGUGUUAGGAGGGGUUGAGGAUUUCUUUAAAAAUUCACAGUCACGAUACUGUGUUUUGUCCGAUCAGAAACUAAUGUGCUACACGGACCCAACCAACUCUAUUGUAAAAGAAUUAUAUACUUUGGAUAGUAUUAACUCUGUACAAAUAGUUUUACCUCUCUCAUCUAGCUCUACAAAUAAUAAUUACUGUUUUGAACUCUCAAUAUCAAUGGGAAUAAAAAGUACUCCAAGAAAGGUAUUAUUUGGUUGCGGUAGUGCUUCAGAAAGGAGAAAUUGGGGACAAAAGAUUGUUGAACAUUUGACAAAUGGAUUCCCAACCAAAUACAUGUCUGAGUUUACUAGAUGUGGCUGGUGUUACAUGAAGGAAGGUGUGACAGGCGAGUGGCGUAGCGCUUGGUUGAUGUUGGUGAGACGAGUCCUCGUGUAUUGCACGGCGCCUGACACCUUGUGUAUCGUAGACCUGAGGAAGACUAGAUGUGUUGUCACUCAAGAUGCGGAUGAAGAGACGAAACAGAAAUGCCCUUCUGACGGCAGCCCGAACUUGCUACUCGACUGUCCACACGCCACUCUAUAUUUACACUUUCAACAUGAAAAGGAACUCAAGGGCUGGAAGUAUAUGCUAAAAUUAGCAGCACAUAACAAUGGGGCAUAUUUGCACCACCAGCAGCUAACUAAAGACGAUGUUCCCGCCAUCGUCGACAAAUGUAUUAGUUUUAUUUAUGCGCAUGGCAGCCUCUCCGAGGGUAUAUACCGUAGAGCGGGCAGUAGUCUAGUACUGUCUGAACUACUGGGCCGGUUCAGACGAGAUGCGUGGUCAGUGGUGCUCAGUCCCGCGCAGCACUCGGAGCACGAUGUGGCUGGAGUGCUGAAGAGAUUCUUCCGCGACCUUCCUGAGGCCCUGGUACCGCAGGACAAACAUCAGGCGCUGACUGCCGCUUUGGACAUAAAAGACGACCAGCAACGCAACGCAGCGUACAAGGAGGUGAUGCUGUCGCUGCCGCUGGUCGCACGUAACACGGCGCGCAAGCUGUUCGCGCACCUGCACUUUUUGCACACGAUGGCGCACGCGAACAAGAUGAACGCGGAGAACUUGGCCUCCGUGUGGGCUCCCACUGUCAUGCCCACGGCUUUGACGAGCCACACGCUGCAAACCGCGUGGUCGGCGAAGGAGCAGCAAGUGGUGCGCGACCUGAUAGCGCGGUACACGGCGGUGUGGCAGCCGACGGAGGCGGAGGUGCGGCGCGAGGCGGCCGUGCGGCGCGUGCUGGCGGCCGUGCUGGGCCGCGCUGCGCCGCCCGCGCCGCGCGCCGCCGGCGACCUGCGCGCCUGGCUCUACGUGCGCGACCGCUCCGACUGCCACCACGUCGCGUUGACACCAAGCAAAACAAGCGCCGAUAUAUGCAUAGAACUCGCCGAGAAAGCCAAAAUGGAGUCGCAUUUGAUGAUGAUAGAAGAAGUCAUUUGCAACGAGUCUAUGCGUCGAAUCGUUCACAAGGACGAAAUAGUGCUAGACGUUGUGCUUCGCUGGGGAUACUGGGACGAAGAGGACAGGAAGGAUAAUUAUCUAAUAAUUAAAGAUAAUAAAACUCUGCACGAUAUAGAGAAUCUAAAAAAUUCUUCGGCGUCGGUGUGCGGCGAACUGCGAGUCGCUAACGAAACGACGAAAACCUUCAAGACGCACAUGUUCGAGUGCGGUAAAUCUAAGUUGUGCUAUUUUAAGGAUAAACAAGGAUCACAUAAGCUAGAAGAAUGGAAUAUAAAGGACAUUCUGUGGUACAACGGGCACGAGCUGAAACGGAACCCGCAGUCGCGAUGGGCGAUCACAUUCAUACCAAAGAACAAUAAACAAAAGAGAAGUAAAGAUCGUCCAUGGUUUGGAUGUACUAUCGCAGGGGCGGUCAAUGAAGAUCAACUGAAAUGGAUGGCCGCCCUAAUGUUCGGGGAACAUUCUAGCAUUCUGCCCACACCUAGGCUUGUUAUCACAUAACCUUAAAAGGUACUAUAAUAUAAAUUAUUCAAAAAUAUCGAAUUUGUUCUGUAAUACUUGUAGAAAAUUGUAGUUGAAAUAUGUACUUGUAUAAAAAAAAAUGUAGUUGAGAAAAUUGCAAUUCUUUGUCCUUAAUCCUACUUGCGCUAAAAACUUGCCAUUUUAUUUGUGAAGUCUCGAAAUUAUUUUUGUUAGUUUAAAAUAAAAGUGAUUCUUGUGGGUGAUACUUAAGGAGCGAACUGCACUCUGUUUCGACUCGAUGUGAUGUGGCUUGUAUGACACUUGUUUAGAUAAUUAUAUUAUGAUAAUUAACAAUUAAUUGUACACCACUAUAUAAUAUAAUAUGUGUAUCUAUAAAGUAUAAGUCAUUGUGCUGGACUUUUCCUUUAUGUUCUUUGCGUAUCGGAAUCGUCAUACUCUUUUUUAACAAUCAAAAAAGAAUUUCUAUUUUCUCUUUGUAUUAAGGUUCGAAUUAAAAGUUUUUACGGUUCUACUAUAUCUAUCGUAAUACGGAAAAAUCUGGAGGAAUCGGUUAAAAAUAUUUACAGGCAAUUUCUCAUAAAAUACUAUUCUUAAUACAAAUAACUGAGGUAAGACUAAUAACAAUAUUAUUAUACAUAUAUUGUUUAGACAUAUAAGUAACUAUACAUA